AUGCAACUUUUGCAGAUAUUGUUUGCCUUAGUCUCGAUAACCUCCGCAGCACUAGCCGGAGACAUAGGCGGAGGACACUUCGGAGGAGGAAGCCUAGGUAGUCAUGGAGGGGAAAGCCUAGGAUAUGCAGGGUACGGUGGGAGCUAUGGAGGAGGUUACGGAGGUGGUUACGGAGGUGGAUAUGGCAGCGGCUAUGGUGGCGGCGGUGUCAACGUACAAACAAUCACCCAACAAAUUCCGGUACCCGUUCCACAGCCUUAUCCAGUCACUGUCAACCGACCAGUGCCCGUUAGAGUUCCACAGCCUUAUCCUGUAGUGGUGAACAGGCCAGUCCAGGUACCAGUACCGCAGCCCUAUCCAGUUGAAGUUCCUAGACCGGUUCCAGUGACUGUCACGAGACCGGUUCCAUAUCCAGUACCCCAUCCGGUGCAAGUACCAGUGCAAGUUCCCGUUCAGGUACCAGUACCUCAGCCCUACCCAGUGACUAUACCCCAACCUUAUCCAGUAAGAGUGCCACAGACCGUGGUGGUACCAGUUCCACAACCAAUUAGUGCAGGCGGAGGAUUCGACGGAGGUGCCUAUGGAGGGGGAUCAUUUGGAGGAGGAUUAUAUGGGGGUGGAUUCAAAGGAGGUUUCGGAGGAUAUGCUCUCGGAGGAGGAGGAGGAGGUUAUGGGCUAGGUGGAGAUUAUGGCAAGGGUGGAUACAGCUACAGCAACGUGCAAGUUGGUGGGCACAACUACGGCAGCAGCUCCAAGCAUUAAGUAACACAGGAAAAAAUGCAUGAUACAUGAAGGGUGUCUCAACGAGAAGUUGCCAGUGGAAAUUCAUAGCAGAUGUCAAGUGCACACUGUUCCAUUUGGAAAUUCGAUAUUACACCAGUUAGUAAGAGUUAUUCAUCGAAACAACUCAACCCCAAAUUGAGCAUGUUAUAUUUUUCCUGGCCCUCUGGCACCUGGCAGCAUUCAUUGUAGAAGAAGCUUUCAAAAUUACCCGAAUUUCACUUGUCACAAUCAGUUUCAAAAUGAGUUAUCAUUGCUUCAAUACAUUGGAUGUAAUUGCUGCUUGACAAUAUUAGUUUUCAAAAAAUACCGCAAAGACAGCAAUUUCAAAUCGGCAACCCCUUGUCGUGACUUUCUUCAUGAAUAUUUCUUGAAAUAAUUUCUUCCAUUUUCUUUCUUUACUGUU